AACGUCACGGAAGACGGGUUCUUUAAAAAAAAAAUGGUGGACGCCUGGAGUUGUAGUUUUAAUUUACUUUUUCCACCACUUUAUGUCGUUGUGACAGGGGACUCUUUUCUUCAAUGGGACUACAAGCCCCAUAAAUCUAUGCGACGCCAGGAUACCGCGAAGAAAACUUUACAACAUGGCGGCUCCUGCGUUCUUUCGGGACUUGUAGUCCCGCUCUGUGCUGACUAAUAGAUAGCGGGUUAAAAACAAAACUACAACUCCCGGUGAGCUUACCGCCUAAACUGAGGAAAGGGAGGAGGCAAGAGGAGGAGGAGGAGGAGAAGAAGAAAGCUACAACAUGGCGGUUGCAUCCAUUCCUGAGAUCUGGGAACUGUAAGAAGCGAAGCCCCAGGAGCUGGAGCAGCUUGGACUGUGCCAGGUCCUGGUUUCGGGGUGCCAGCCCCUCAGCCUUCCCUGCCUGCCCCAGUGGAAGUGGGCCGUAUCCCCGCCGCGGUGCACAGCCAUGGGGGUGCAAGGCUUCCAAGAGUUCGUGGAAAAGCGUUGCCCAGGGGCAGUGGUGCCCGUGGACCUCCUGAAACUGGCACGGGCUGUAGGGGGCCGUGGAGGCGGGGGCCCUGCCUACUGUACCACCUUCCACCCACCAGCUGGCUAUCCCCAUCCUGCCGGGGCUGCGCCGGGGCUGGCACCCAUGGUUGGUGGCUACCCACACUCCCAGCAUGCAGGGGGGUUGGCACCCCCAGCGCCAUGCCCAGCUCGGCUUCUGGUGGAUGCUGACUCUGCUUUGCAGCGUCUGUACGGUGGCUACCAGACAGACUGGGUGUGUGGGGGCCAGUGGAAUGCCAUGGUGGGUUACCUGGCUGCCCUUUCACAGGCUUGCCUCUACCAAGGUGGCCUGGAGUUAGCUGUCAUCUUCAAUGGAGGGCUUGGAAAGGAGAGGCUGCCUGAGUGGGCCAGGAAAGCCCAGGCUGAGAGACAGACAGCUCAGCUAAUUGCAGGGCAUGUGGGUAACAAAGGUACCCCGCCACCCCGAGCCUGGUUUCUUCCACCUGCCUGCUUGGGGCAUUGUGUACGUCUGGCCAUGAUUCGAUUCCGGGUGAAGGUGUUCCAGAGCCUGGAGGAUCAUCAUCAGGAAGUAGUGUCUUUCUUUCGGGAGAAUGGUUUUCAUGGACUAAUUGCCCAUGACUCGGAAUAUGCUCUCUGCAACAUCCCCUCCUACUAUAGUUCCCAUGCCCUGAAGCUGAGCUGGAAUGGCAAAAACCUCACCACUAACCAAUUCCUCAUGCAAGAGGUGGCCAAGCAGCUGGGUCUCAAGCUGAGCAGUUUUCCUAUAUUUGCUGCCUUGCUGGGGAACCACAUUCUUCCAGAUGAGGACUUGGCUGCCUUCCAUUGGAGUCUUCUUGGUCCGGACCACCCGCUCGCUUCACUUAAGGUGCGUGCCCACCAGUUGGUCCUCCCACCCUGUGAUGUGGUCAUCAAGGCUGUAUCUGAAUAUGUCGGUGCCAUCAAAAGUCCCUCUGGCCUGGAUGUAAUAGGGAGAGAUGUCUUCAAACACUCCCAGUCCAGGACUGAAGAUAAAAUAGAACGCUUCAAGAAAGCAGUAGAAUAUUAUUCAGUGGCCAUGAAAGCACCUCCUACACCAGCCGGCCAGUCCCCGUAUGUUCUCCCAGCAUUUGGACCUAACCAUUUCGGAGGGGCACCACCUCUGAAUCGCAAUCCAAUGGUAUCACUUCCUUCUGGGAAGGCUAUGUUUGCACCCCAAAUGGGGCCAAAGAUGCAGUACCAGCCACCUGCUCCACAUGGUGGCAUUGCUGCCUCUUCAUCUUUCCUUCCGGGUCCUGGUUCCAGUUUUCUCUUCUCACCUCAUGGCUUGGCGGACGCAAUGCCCUUCCAUGAAGAUCCUGCCUUGAAGGCUGGUCACUUCAACAACUGGCCUGUAUCAUAUGAUAAUUGUCCUGCCAAGUUUCCUAACCAUCACCUGGGUUCCAAACCUUCCCCGUCAUCUGGGCCUGGAUCUUCACCCUCUUCUUCUUCUGAUGGAGAAGAGCACAAUGGAGCCAAUUCCAACCAUGUUUCUGAAACUGUGUCUCGCAAGUCUGGCUGGGAGGAUCCUGCGGGUGAAAAGAUAAUGAAUCAAGGCUGGGGACAAUCACCUGGGAACACUGGCAACUCAGAAAGGACCUUGAGUGGACCUGAGGCCCACAUCCCUUCAUUGCUCUCCAUGGCAACCCGAAACCACAUGGACAUAACCACCCCGCCUUUGCCUCCUAUUGCUCCAGAAGUACUUCGAGUGGCUGAACACAGGCAUCGGCGGGGGCUUAUGUACCCUUUCAUCUACCACGUCCUUACCAAGGGUGAGAUCAAAAUCCCUGUGUGCAUUGAAGAUGAAUGUAACACUGAACUGCCGCCAGCAGUUGUCCUUUUUCGGGCCUCACGGCAGUAUGUAUACGGUGUCCUCUUCAGUGUGGCUGAGACACAACGGCGGAUGGAACGCCUGGCUGUGCGCAAGCGCAUUCCCGUGGAAACGCAUCCUGUUAUCGUCAAGGAAUGGUCAGCGUACAAAGGGAAAUCACCCCAGACUCCAGAGUUGGUCUCAGCUCUUGCUUUUCGGGAGUGGACCUGUCCCAACCUCAAGAAGCUCUGGUUGGGCAAAGCAGUGGAAGACAAGAACCGGCGUAUGAGAGCAUUUCUGGCUUGUAUGAAAUCAGACACCCCCGGCAUGCUCAACCCUGCCAAUGUACCAACACACCUACUGCUCAUGUGUUGUGUAUUACGAUACAUGAUACAGUGGCCUGGAGGCCGGAUCCUCCACAGACAUGAAUUGGAUGCUUUCUUGGCCCAGGCUGUGUCUGCUCAGCUAUAUGAACCAGAUCAGCUUCAAGAAUUGAAGAUUGAGAAACUGGAUCCCCGAGGAGUUCAGUUGGCUGCUCUGUUUAUGAGUGGAGUGGACACGGCCCUUUUUGCCAAUGAUGCUUGCGGGCAGCCUGUGCCCUGGGAGCAUUGCUGCCCAUGGAUCUACUUUGAUGGGAAACUCUUUCAAAGCAAACUGAUUAAAGCUGCACGAGAGAAGGCACCUCUGAUAGACCUCUGCGAUGGCCAGACCGAGCAGGUUUCUAAAGUAGAGAAGAUGAGGCAGAGUAUUCUGGAAGGCAUCAACCUCAAUCGCCAGGCUCCUCCACCUCUUCUCCCACCUCCACCCUUUGUGCCCUCUAUGGCAGCACCUUUUUAUCCAGUGCCUCUUUACCCUCGCACUAUUGGAUCAAUGCCACAAGCAGCCCCUGGGAGGACUAGAGGCUUCACAGGACUCCAUCCAAUCCCACCACAAGGAGGCAAAUUGGAAAUUGCUGGGAUGGUGGUGGGGCAGUGGGCUGGGAGCAAACCUUCUCGGGGACAGGGCUCCUUUGGCAUGCAGGUGGUGUCAGUUGGAGGCCCAGGGAAAGGCCGUGGCCGUGAUUGCUCUGGAAAAAUCCCCAAAGUAAACAAGAAAGUAAACAAGCAAAGCUUGACCGACGGAACUGCAAAGACGCCCGAGUUCGGCAGCAAUGGCGGCGGCAGCUGCAGCCGACCCCAGUCCCAGUUUAAUGGGGAUGGAGGCCCCCCCUCCAGAGCCAACGAAGAUCCCACUGUUGGAGCAUGCCCUUCAGCCGCAUCACCUUGUGCCUUAGCAAGAGACACUGACUCAUGCAAUAACAAAAGCCCCUUUUUCGGGACGCUGGGUGGGGACUCUGAACGAUGCCCGGAGAACAAGCUUCCCUUCCCAGUUCUGCAGAAAGAGGAGUGAAUAGAUGCCGCUGUGGAUCCAAUUGGCUGGCAAAUGGAGGGUGGGGUGAGGUGGGAUGACAAGGUUUUGACCUGCCAAGGAUAGGAUUCAGCCCUUCAACACAUUGGCUAGAAUGUAAAUGCAAUCAAGUGCUGCAAUGGAAUUAUUAGCUAGGCAGGGCAGGGACCGGAAGAUUGCUGUUUUGAUAGCUCACAUUACAACAUUGGGCUAAUUAAUCAAAUUGCUCCACUACAGCAGAUAUUAUAAUAUUGUGAGGUCAAGCAGCCUGCUGGGAUUCUUGCCCCUGCUUUGGAGAAUAACAUCAGCUUUUUUGCAUUCCACCCCUCAAAUUUGCCACUGUGCCAAUCGGAUCCAUAAAGGCGGCAAUUUUUUAAGUUUAUUUGAAUUUAUUUUUGUUUUUUAAUUUUAUAGGGGGAAGACUUUUUAGGGGGCAAGAAUUAUGAAUUCUGGAUUUUGGGAAGGGGGAUAUUUUUAAAGGAAGAAAAAGCCAGGAAGGUUUUACUUUAAAAUGGGGCAGAUUUUUCCUGCCUGCCUUGUUUAAUUUCUUGCCAACUCCCCCACCAUUAGGCCAAAUAGCAGUAUUGCUUUGAGGGAUGGUGAUGUUGGUAUGAAUUAAGGGGUGUGUAUGAGAGACAAUGAUUUUUAAGAAAGAAAGAGUAGUACCACCACUGCAAAUUAUACACAAGAGGCAUAUAGCAGUUGGCGUGUGCUUUUUAUUAUAUAUGAAAGAGAGAGAGAGAGAGAUUAUAUUUAUAUAUAACAUGAAUAGAGCUAUAUAUAAAUAUGAAUGCUACAAACCCGGAAGGGGUAAAAAUGUUCCCGGGAGACAACUUGCGUUCCAAAGCGCUACGUGUUUAAUGAAUUAAAGGCCUGCUUCGCCAGUUGCCAGCAAUUGGGUCCUAUCCUCAGGUUGCGGCAGUCGAUGAGGCAGGCCUCCUGAUACCAGACAGAACACUUCUUAUCCUUAAACAGACAAGCACUUACUGUUACAAUUCCAGGACUGUGAGCAAAUGGCUGAAGAUAGCUGGGGCUGUAAAGAUGUGGGGUGGAUAGCCAUCCAAAUGGGGAAGUCAUGGGUGAGGCUGCAGAGAUACCAAUCCUACCCAGAAACGGGGUGGGGGGUGGGUGGGAUUCUAGCUCUUGUUGUCAUUAAAAGGGUGACAUUGGAUGUGUGUGGGGGGGUUGAUUGCAGUUGCUCAGCUGGUGAUUCUUUAUUCUCUUCCAAGGGAAUCCUACAAGUUCAGUACACGAUCUGGAAUCUAGAAUGAAUCGGGCCUUUUAGAAAUGACCCUGCCCACUCCCAGGCUUCGCACAAUCUGCCAUCAAUUCUUAUGCUGAUGAUAAUGAGAAAAAAUUUCAAAGACUUUCUGAAAACAGUUGGUCGAGAUUUUCAGUAGUGUAGCUAAACUCCAUUAUAUACACAAGUUUCUCUCCUAUUACCCUAUCCUUUUGGGUUGUCUAAUUUGAAUUGCACCUAUCCUUGCAGAUGAUCUUGUAGAAUCCGAAAGCCUUGAAUUUUGGAAACUUGGUAAAUCCAUUAGAAAUGUGUACUGAGGCAGAUUUCAAAUGCAGAAUGUUUAUAUAGAGCAGGCAGUUCAAAGUUUUUUUAAAAAUCAAAUAAUUUGGGUUAGGAAAUAGAACAGGCUGAACAUUCUGUUGGAAAGAAAUUUUAAACCAGUUUUCCAGCUGCAAAUAUACAUGCACUUCUGCAGUGCAUGUUUCUUUCUAGUUUCUUACAACUUCUAUAGCACGUACCUCAGAUGACUUGAGUAAUCUAAAAUGUGUUUUGAUUUUUAAUUUGUCUUCUGCUAUCAGUAUCCAGUAGGCUGAAUGUUUCCCUUUCUGCUUCCUUCAGCAGAGGGGCACAUGAUUAAACCCACUGCCUGGAACAAUGGUUGGUUCCACUUCAAACCAAAAUCAGAAAAGUAUUCUUAAUAGUGCAGAGUAAUUAUAUGAAAUUAAUUGCCACAAGAUAAAUGUUGGUAGCUACGACUGUAGACCCUUUAGUGAAAGAUUCCAUAUAUUAUUGGGCAACAAGUCAUAACUAAAUUGAAUUUAUAUAUUCAUAAGAAAUAUUUUCUUAAAUUUCAAUUACUGCAGAAGAAAAAUAGGAUUGUGUUAAAAAGUGAGGGAGGGUAUUAUCCAGAUUUUAACAAAUUUAUUUGCCUUACUUUCUGCAAAUGUAUAAAAGGGUAGUUAAAAUGGUUUUAAAACCUGAAACAGGGCAGGGUAUCUUAUUUCUACUGCUGGCUCCAUUCUCUUGAAUGAGUUAUUCACCUACCAGAACCCAAAGUAGGAAGCCCUGAUCUUCCUCCUCCCAGUUUAGCUGCCAGAUCACUCUCAUCAAAAGAUUUAAACUGUUAAACAAGUUUUGGAAUCGAUCUGUAACCAGUUGGCUAUUUUUUCUCUGCAGCUGUUGACUCAAACUCAUUGAGAUGGGAAAUUUCUUAUAUUGCUCUAAGAGCAGGACCUUUGGAAAUGAUCCAUGGUUGCCAGAAGGGAGGUAGCACCUGAAAAAGAUUAAUCCCUUAUAGGCAAGAACUUGACAACAGCCAAAGGAAAGAGUUGCUUUCACCUUUGGGAAAGUAGCUAGAGCAGUCUAAAGGGUGGGAGAGCAUUUUUGUUUGAAAACUAUCAUAGUUAUAGCUGGGUAAUAUGGGAAGUAGACUCUAUUUUAGAAAACAAAGAGCUGCUAUUUAAAGUAGUUUGUGAUACGAAGUUUGAGUAUUAAGAAAACUUGAUUUUUAAAAAGUAUUUCUGGUAGGUAAAUUUUGGAAAAAUCAGAUUUUUUUUAAAUAGUCAAAGCAGCAUGCUUUUCAGCUGCAAAAACUAGUCAUUCUGAUUGGGUUGACAUUCUAAACGUUGAAAAGAGAAAGUUUUUGUUCUGCUGGAUAAAUUCUGAAGAACUGGCAAAUUGAUGUCUUUCGUGUUCUGAAGUACUUGCUCGAGAGUUAACAAAGAGAAUCUUCUUGUUUAAAGAUAGCAGUACUACUGAGAAUCAUACAUUUGGAGAGCGUCUUACAAGCUUUCCCUCCCAAAGAAAAAAUAAAAUCUUAUUUUCCUUUUUUAAAAAAAAUAUUUAUUUGCAGAAUUAAUGGAACUAGUAAUCAAGUCUUUUAAAAUCUUGUUUGUUUUGUUUCUAACCUUUGCUGAUCAUUUAAAGCUAGUUGUCCAAUGCAAAAAUUGCCUUGAAGAAUCAAGCCAACUUUCAUUCAGGAAUGACUCGCAUUCUAUCAGUGGAUUCCAUUGAGUACUAAUAAUCUAGAUUGCCUGGAUACAUUUUUUAUAUUUGUGGGAUUUAUUUUUUUUUAAUCACAGUUAUCCCUCCAUUUCUCUUGGUUCUUUCAUAUUACAUCGUGUUGCAGUCCCUAAAUAACAUCUUAAAUGUUCAACUUUCUUUUGCAAGAAAGCCCCAAAUAAAACCCAGUUCUCCAGUAAGCAAAGUGAAUAAAUAAAUAAAUCCCAAUGUACCAUUUAGAAUACAGUUCUUUUAGCCUUGGUAUCUAGGUAGCAUCCUAUAUCUAGAGUUAUAAUAGCAGAUAUUAAUCCCAAGGUUAUGAACUUCCAGCAUCAGGCAUUGAAUGGCAUUUGCAGGGGAGGUAUACGUCUCUACUUCUUGCAUGGAAGAUCCUGCAUAAAUUAACUAUAUUUGCAGCUACUAUCUUUCGCUAAAUGUGGAAUCCAGGUCUGAAUUUUUCUGCAAUGGCCUUAAGAUUCAUGCUUUUGUUAUUUUAUUUUUUUUGUUAUGAUAGCAGAACAAGACAGAAGUUUAAAUCACACAUCAAAGAAGAUUGGGGGAAUCUGCUUUUUCUGGUGAUAUCCUAGCCCCAGUCUCAGUUGAAACAACUAAUUUGAAGAGACUGUGGCUCUCCAUUGUGAAAUGUGCUCUAAUCUGGGCCUAACAAGGAAGUGCCCUUCUAUUCCCAGGAUGAAGGAUGGGAAAGAUAAAGACUUUCAUUUAACCGUCAAAUUAUUUCCUGAUGCAGAUUGUUUAACUGAUUGAUUUGGAAUGGGAUUCCCAAGUGAACUUUGAUGAAUAGCUUGACAACUUACUUUGUGUCAACUUUAGUUUGAUAGUAUUCAUGGAGGCAAGAUUCUGACCUAAAGGCAGCAGAAAUGUCGGUGCAGCCAAAUCUUUGCCAGUUCUGACAUCUAAUCUCAGAGCUACAGAUUUGCUUGCUUAUGUUAGUCAAUUAUGGAGGUUUGUAACAGAUAACAUACAAAUAAUUUUCUACAAUAUCUCACAGUUUAGGGGCAGAUAAGGCUGCCUCAGUUUUCUGUCAUCUUCAUUUUCUAACGCUAUUUCCAGUGCUUCAGAAGAGGGAGCUCUCGAGAAUGGGAUCAGAGAUUGAUUGACUAUAUUGCUAAGAUAAAAAAAAAACAUUCUGGUCCAAUCCCCAUUUUUGAAGCCCUGUAGAAUUCAUGUGGUUUUAUGAUCUGUUUGGGAUGCAGAAAUUAAUGAGUCUCGGGUGUAAACUAGUUCAUUUUGCAAGUAAUAGAAAAAUAUCACAGAGUUUUGUACUGUGUUUCUAUAGGAGUAUGGAAUGUGGGAUUGAAUAUAAAAGUCAUUUUGAUUUUUUUUAAAAAAAAAAAUCCUAAUCGUUCAUAUUAGCAAAGAUAUUCUAUAAAAAUGUAGGGGCCUGGGUGAAAUUUCAGAUCUUGAAAAUGAUGCCUAAAUUUAAUUUGAUACAGAUUUUUUUUUUUAACAUUUAAGAAAAUGGUUGUGGAGAUAUGCAUUUGAUCAUUUUAUAUCCAUGACAAAAUUCAAUGUUUGAAGAUUAAAUUUUACUUAGUUUUGAUCUGGAGUAUGCAGACUUAAGCCAAGCUCUAGUAGAAAAUGAGAUUUGAAAUAAUGUUAUUCAAUUUCCCUUGAUAAAUGUAGAUGAUUGAGGCAUGAUUUUGUUUUGAGUUGCUUACUGUCUGCUGAUCCAAAACAAUAGAAGGUAUCAUGCAGCUUUAAAAUACUCAAUAAAAAUGUAAAGUGCUUCCUUAGGGGCUGUAAGAGGGAUAAUGAAAACAUGCAAUUCAAAGUCCAGUGUUGUAUCAGAGCCAAAGAGAUGGAUAAAAUUACUGAUUUUGUUUCUCCUUUCUGGAUCCAAAGAAUCACCCCUUUCUCCAUUGAUAUAUUUAGAUUUCUGAAUGUAUUUUUAUUUUCACAUCAGUUGUUCAAAGCAUCUUUUACUUGCAUAAGUUAAUGCUUUCACUUACAUGGCCAUUUCUUAAAAAGUGUCUCUGAUUCGAUGCCCAUUACUCCACGGUAUGAGAGCCAGAUGACAUAACCUUCUUAAAUCCACAGUAAAAAGCAAUAAUUUGGCAAAUGUUUUUAAAGCAACAGUGGAUUUGCAUAUGUUGUUGCAAAAAUUUACUGUUUUAAUUACUGCAGUUUCCCAAAUCAGGUCAGCCUGAUAUGGUUCCUGUCUGCAGACCUAAAAUAGGAAUAUUAUUGUAUAAUGAAGUCAUUCAAACAGGAGAAAGAUUUUGUAAUUAAGCCUUUUUUUGAGAGAGAAUUAAAGACAUUUGGAAGGGCUCCUCCCCAGCCUAAGUUUUAGUAUAGAGCUGAUUAAUAUCAUUUGGGGGUUUAUUUUUUCAAAAUGAGAGUCUUUCUCCUAGGGACCCUCUUCUCUUUGAUCAGAAUAGCCUGCCUCAGUCCACUGGCUAGAGAAUUGGGAGAUCUGAAGUCCAACACAUGUCUGGGGAGGGAACCAGAUUGAAAAAGGUUGGAUUAGAAUUACAGCAGGAGCAUUGUGCUAGAUUGGGUUGUGCUUUGAAAAACAACAGGUAAAGAUUUUCAUAUUGUUAUUGUCUUUAUUUGGGGGCAAAAGAAUGCAAAUUCCCUAUCUUUCCCUAAACUAGUAGAUAUAUUUAUAGUAGUUACUAAAAAUUUUGAGAGAUCAAAAAUCAAAUGUUAAUACAGGUUACACUGUGCCUUAAAUAGUAAUGUUAAAAUUAAUUUGAAUUGAAACCCUGAAAUGACAAACUUUCAAACUGUGUUAUUAAAGAACAGUUUCUAACAUUGAGGUCCUCUUGUGAAAUCAGAAAUCUAAAGUAUUGCUUUGGAGUUGAGGGUUCAGAUUUCAAAGAUGCUAAAUAUGUAGCCCUUAAACCCUUGUAUCUGAAUUUAAAAAUCUGGAAGUGUUUCAUUUCAAAUAUGUCACUGCAGGCGAGUGUUUACCACUGCUGAUCAUUUGGUAAAAAAAUAGGUAUUGUAAGUUUAGCCUGUUUGUGAUCCUAGAGAAGUAUGUGAGUAAAAUUCUGAAUAUACAAAGCAUCUAUUUUUCCUAUCCGUGCACUUCUAGAAAGCUGGAAACUUAGUGCAAGAUAACUUGUGAAACUUAGAAGUUUUAAAAUAGUCAUAAUAGAUAAUAUGGACGUUUUAUGAAAAGAAAAGGAAUAUUUUUUUUUGUAUCUGGGAAAAAACUAUAUGGACCACUGGAAACAAAAUGAUUGCAAUUAAUUGCAAAUGUCCAGUUUAUUAAAGUUGAUUUCUAGGGAAAUAUUGCAACUAACUGACUCAAAGGUUUUCUCAAGUAUUUGUGAAACUAAGCCAUUCUUUUUCAUUUCUGUAAUCCUUAUGCCUGGUAUCCCCCAUUUUGGUGCCCUCCAUUUGAGAUGGACUUCAACUCCCAUAAUCCUUAAAGUAGAGAUUAUGGAAAUUGAACUUCAGUAGUUUUGGAGAGUUCCUUGCCAUGGGAUCCUGGUCUAGAUUCCCUCUAAAAAUGGAUCUUUGUGUGGUAUAGAUUGUCAAGUAUUUAUCCCAGUGAAUUAAGGCCCAUUUACUCCACCUAUGUUGUCAUGUUUAUUGCCAUCAAUUGCUGAGUUAGCAUAUUGUGAUGUUCACAAUUCAUUGAAGUAAUCCGAUUCUUUCCUACCCAUCAUACACUGAAUCUUAAAUUACCAAUGUGACAAAGUGUUUUUCUGAGUUCAGACUGCAUCCUUUAAAAUAUAGGAAGACAUCUUUUAGGGUAGAAAUAUAAAAUUAAUCUUUUUAAGCUUGCUGUAUUCGGUUGCAGUUCUGAACUUCUAAAGCAUAUUUCCUGGAGUCCAACAACCUUUGUAAGGAUUUGACCCAUCAAAUCAUAGACAUGGGGUUUUAGCAUGCUUCCUUCAUAAUUUUGUCACCAGGGAGGGAGGGAACGUUUAAAACCAACCUGUUGACCAAGAUUACUUGCCUUUCUCUUAGGAGUCAUUCAUCCCAUUCUGAGGCAGUACUGAAAAUUGUGACUGUGGCUAGCAAUUCUUAAGCUUUUGCUACCAGUUAACUUGGCUGGAACUCUUUAAGAAAAUGGAAUAUUCCAAAUAUACUUUGAAUAUAAUAUAUAUACUUGAAAAGACUAGGGAGCCUUUUCAGGGAGGGACAGCUUUUAACUUUUUCUGGUGUGGUUUAGAAUUCCACUCUUUCUUGGAUUCAGAUUCAAACAAGUGAACCCUUGGAUCCCUGGGGGAAAGUGACAAACAAACAUUACAACAGGGACAUGAUUCUUGUGGAGGGGAAUGGGGGUGUCCCAAUCCACAAAUUAUACAUAGAUACACUUGAGCCUGUGAAGAGGACACAGUGCCACUAACUAGCCAUUUGGGCCAGAGUACCACCAUUUCCCCCCCAUCACUCAACUUCAAAUAUAACUUAGUGCAAACCUUAACUGUAGCUACUUAGAUGAAAAGCCCCAUUGUACUAUGGUCUCUCCUUCUAAGUAAGCAUGGUUAAGAUUAGGCCACACAAGUCCUACACAAACUACAAUGUGUUCUUUUUUAUUUUUAAUGUAGUUAGCAGAAUUUUACUACCAAGGUUGAAUCAUUAUAGUAGCUAACUUACAACAUGUACUUUGCUAAAUAUGCAUGUACUUCUAUUUUUAAUUUUUUAUUAUUCCCAUUCUCUCCCCUCCCAAAAACCUCUUCUGCUUUUUGGUUUUACCUGUGCUGAUUUCUGUUUUGAAGUCCACCUUUAAUGUUUAAAGGAAACCUAAUGAACACACCUGUUACAAAUCUUACCAUUUUUAACUGCUAUUUGCUGGUCAUUGCUUAAAGUCAGACGCUGUUGCUCAUUUUCUAGUUAUUUUUCAGAUUAGAUUUUUGUCCUCAAUUUUGAAAAAUCAACCCUUUCUUCCCACAAGCAUCAUAUCUGUCUAUGAUAUUACCCUUUCAGAUGGGAUAUACACCUUUUCUGAUUAUAACCAUUGCUCUUGUAUUUUGGUAGAUGCUUUGUUGAUAGUAACUAAAUGCCUAGUAAGAUUUUUAAAAGUAAAAACAAACUCAGUUGUUAUUUUAAGCCAGUCUUUUCCCUCAUACUUUCCUUGAGUAACCUUGACAUUGCAUUUUUACCAGAUAUAUAUCUCUCCACAAUUGCCUUUUCAAAAUGUUUAGCCUAAGAGUUUAGCUUAAAAAAAUACAAAUCAAUAAUUUUGCUGAACAGAGUAAAUCUGAUUUUUCUUGUUAGUGAUCCCGUCAAUUGCAAGUUUCAUGCUUUAUUUAUAUGGGAAGUUAAUGAUCAAUACAUUAUUCCCUUCUACCUUUUAAAAAUAUUUCUUUUUAUGCUAAUUAACACCUGUUCUUAGUGAAUGGAUAAAUGUUAUCUUUACUGUCCCCACCCCAAUCUUGAUAAUCAAAUUCCCAUCUCCCCAAUCCUUGCACCCCACAACAUACUCCAUAGGUUGUUGGGUUUUUUAAUCAGUGUAAGUUUGGACAGGUUGCUCUAAAUCAGGGGAAAUUUGCAGUAGGUUUGUGAUCAGAAAGCUUGGGUGUCUUUUGGGAAUGUUUUUUGCUGGUGGAAUCUUGGUGCGCUGUUCAUCUGUUGAUGAUGGAGAAAGACUUACAGUGCUUAAUAAAGUCUAUUCUUUUAGUAAAGAAAAA